AAUUCAACUGGCCGGCAAUUCACUCCUUCGUGAGGACUGGAAUCAUCGGUAGAUGGUUGGGCACUGGACUAGGCUGCCUAGCGCACUUCAUUGUACAAGCAAUGGGCGGCGGCAUCUACUAUCGCCUAUGGGCCGUUCUGUUCUUCCUCCCUAUCACUUUCUUCUUCUGCAUGUCUCAGUCGAAUGGUGGAUGCAAGAUGAGCGAGAUUAUUAUGGGUCAAACAUCGCUAGUCUCCUCUGGUGUGGCUGUGCUAUGGUUUGUCAACAACGGUUACAAGGAGGGAACUGCCUUUGCGGUAUUCCAAACCUUUGGUACUCUCUCAUCGUUCAUUAUUCUCCAGCUACUUCAUCUCGCACACCUCCUUCCUGCCGACAGUCCCCCAGCUUUCCAACGGUUCAGUUACUCAGCAGCGAAUCUCUAUGACAUAUUGACGUCUUACAUAGUAUCUGGCGAUGAGCAUUCCAAACUACUCCAGUCGGCCCACGACGACUUCAUGGAUGCAUGUUUCAAAAUCGCUUCCCACCCUGGCCCUGGAGGCAUUGAGACGCCGGCAUGGUACAUGGCAGCCUAUCUGUUCUCGCUCAGAGAGAACCUGAAGUCUGGCAAGUUCACCGAUACUAUCUUGGAUAACUACUGGCAACCAAUGGCAGCUGAUUUGUUGGAAUUGAGGAGCAGCGUGGGUCUCGUCUUGCGCUCCAUCUAUGAAACGGAGCCGACAUUGAGGGAAAGAGCGGACGCUAUCAAUCUACGGGACCGGGCCAGAGUAUUCGAAGCCCAUCUUUUGAAGGUCAAUCGUAGCGCUGCAAGCUUAGUGACGAGUGGUGAUAUUGAGCCUCCGGACGACAACGAGUUCAUGCGGUUCCAGUCCGCCUUGGGUUCGGCAUUCUACUUCGCUUGCAGAGCUCAAGAUUACAGAGACGCUAGUCUGCAGCUACGCGCAAAAAAUAGUGAGCAGGCUGAGAGAUACUCUUGUCACCCCUUUGCUGGCUUUGUGGCAUGGUGGAAGGCUUGGUGGGCGGAGCCUUUUUUCAAAGGCCUCAAUGAGGGUGGUGGUGCUCGGCCUACGUUGAUUUAUGCAGCCCGGUUCACCCUCGCCGUUGUGAUCGGUGAAGUCGUCCUCGUUGUUGGUCAACACUACAGCGAUGGCGUCCGUCAACACGGCCUAUGGGGUAUCCUCCCUGUCUAUCUCUGUUUCUUGCCGACUUGUGGAGCGUCCUUACUGAGGGGCAGCCGAAGGGUUAUCGGUACCCUCGUGGGUGCGCUAGUCAGCAUCGUCUGUCUCCGUAUCAACCCACAUGACCCGGUAGCAAUCUUUGUUGAGAUGAUGAUCGUCGUGUUUGUUGGCAAAUUCGCGAGUUCUUAUGGUGGUAUCGGUUAUGCUGGUUCGGUAUUUACCCUGACUUGGUUUGUGGUCUGUAUGGGAUUGGCAAUAGGCACGACACUGCCGCCGGACGAGAUGAUGAUUGCCGCCGGAUGGAGAGCUGGUCUCACUGCUGCGGGUGUCGUCUAUGCCACGGUUUUCUCUGGUGUCGUCUUUCCGGAGUUCGCCGCGGUUCACUACAAGAAGGCUACGGCCCAUGCUAUUAAAGAGGGAUGCGACGGUGUUGAGGAAGCUAUCCUACAACUGGUACGGGCUCGCUCAGACCAGAAGGGUGAAUUCUCCCUGAUCGAUCCUCGUAUCGAGUUCGGCCAUUCGGUUUUCGAGUCGCUGAGCACUCGGGUGAAGUACACCCAGGACGCUACUGCCGAGGUUGCAGUUCUUGGUACUCUCCGCCUCCUAUCUCCUAUGACUAAGAGAGUGCUGUUGAAGGGUCAUGAUAUUGACAAGCUCACCAAUGCCGCGUUGGUGCUACACAAUUCAUUGGUGUCGGCGACUCUCUUUGUGACAGGCCCCGCGGCUGAGAUGCUGGAUGCCAUAGUACCCGGACUGAAAAAAUUUCGUCUCGCGUUGCGAGCCUCCUCAGAGCGGCUUCAUAGGGCGAUUAACGAAGAGAAGAAUAUUUCCCCGUUGAAGGACGACGUUAAUGUCGCAGCCCAGCUGUGCUUGGACGCUUUCCUGCAUGCUAAAGAUCGACUCAUAGAGGAUUGCUUGGCCGGUUCGGAAGGUGCUGCAGAAAUCAUUUCCUCUGGGGGUUUCCGGGUCUACUACUUGGUGUAUUCUCUAACCUUCUUCGCAGGGUUGUGGACUAGCAUUGAGAAUCGAUUGAUUGGUCAACAGCCCGCAGUAGAGAUGGUGGGAGCUGACAUGAUGUCCUCGGAUCCCUCGACGUCCUCUACUGAUGAUGAAGGCUCCCUGGAUGACACUCUAGGAGGAGGCAUAGUUGCCCCAUCCGGAGAGACUGAUUGUGCUGAGACCUAUCUUAGACCAGAAGAUCUAGAGGAGACAUUCACUCUCAGCCGCGAAGUACUGGCUGAAUGUAAACGAUCCGACUCUGACAAGGAUCCUGACUGCACAAAGUUCAUAACACCAGGGUAUCGACUCUGGCACGUAUGCAUAUCCCUCUCGAAGUCCACAGACGAGCUCAAGUCUGCCACUGUGGGGGACACUCUGGUCACUAAGUUACGGGAGCUGGACUGCCUUUGUCGAGAGGUUGCCGCAAGGGUACUGGAGCAUGGUGUCAGGGAUAUGCUCAACUCUGGCGACGAUGAUGAGGAUACUCGCUCACAACGGGAUAAUCUUAUCAAGAUUUGGUUGCGCACUGGUCAGAGUUGGCUGUCAUUAACUUCUGGAGGUGCAGAGCAAUGGACAGCAGCCAACAAUGCAUUGACAAAAGGAAUCACUAUUUUCAAGAAAGCUGUCACUGAGCUGUCUGAAGGGUCCGUCAGCGAGACGACCAAGAAUGCAGCCUUUUCGGGCGCCUUGCAUCUAGCUCAGGCCCUAUGUCUCACAGGGAGCUGGGAUGGGGCUGUCCAGGUAGAGGUUUAUCUGUAG